AUAUAAUCAGUAUUUAGAAUAAUGAAGCAUUUGUAGCUGAGUCAGCAGAGGGGUUAUAUUUCUGAAGAGGCGCGUUCCCGGACGCACGUGACGGUCAGCUGAUCCCGAGCCGUUCGUCUCUUUUAAUCACCUUUCACGUCCAGGCUUAUGUUUUGAUGCCUACUUUUAAUAAACACACGUAGUAUAUUUAUAUAGACUUUUUGCCCGGUGUGUCGCUUCGCGGGCGUUAUAAUAAUUAGAUUUUAAUUUAUAAACCUGUUUUUAAGAUGUCUGGACCAAACGGAGACCCGGAUGUUUCAGUAGAUGAUGGAAUCAUUGAGGAUGAAGAUGAAUUCAAUGAAGAAGAAUACGCAGCCAUCGACUCCAUGCUGGAUCAGAUCAACUCCUGUCUGGACGACAUCGAGGAGAGAAACGAGGCUCUGAACGGAAAGCUGCACGAGCUGCUGGAGUCCAACAGACAGGCCCGGAAAGAGUUCAGAGAGCAGCAGAACCCUCCUCAUCCUCCUCCUGAUGAAGAGCCCGCUGGAGACGAGCAGAACGUGUAGAUGUGUGUGUGUGUGUGUGUGAACUGUGCUGUAUUACAUUAAAGCCUCUGAUGGAUUAUUA